AUCAAUACACGAGAACUCAGCGAUGUCGGCUCGCGUACUGAGGGUGUUCCUUGUGUUCGCCACCGACGACCUCCUCGACGACCCAGGGGUUUUGGCUAGUCUUGACUGCGUCCUGAACGGAUUACGGGAAUAAAUCGCGACCUCAACGGAAGUUCAGCACCGAUUGAGCAGCACGGGAACCUCCCACGUCCGGCCGGGAUUCAACUUCAUUGCGGGUUGAGAGCGUGUCACGGUGAACAAGGACCGUCCAGUCGCAAGGCCUUGUGGUUCUCUCCGAAGCACCGAACGGUGGAGUAAACCGAACCCCAGCUUGCCAUCAUGCGCAUCUACCUUCCCUGGCGCCGACGCCAUCACCACGACCACCACCAUCAUGACCCACGACACCACCACUACCAAUACCCAACCCGUCGCCUCACGCGUCGCCUCAUCAUCUUCACGAUCUUGGUAACAUUCUGCGCCUUCGUCCUGGAACUGCUCCCGGCAAUCUCGAUACCCAUAGUGAAAGAUAUAUGGCUCGCUUCUAUACAUGCCAAAACGCAGGCGAACCAACCAGCUACAGCGGUUGCUACCGAAAUCCGUGUAGGAGUAUGGGGCUUCUGUGCAAUCAGCGUCUUGGGUGACAGCACUUGCAUAGGCCCGCAGCUCGGAUAUACCCUUGAACCUGCGCUCAUCGAGCUCGUCACGGACCAAGUAGACCUUGUCAAUGCGGUGCUCAAGGGCCUCACAGUGCUCCUUAUUUUGCACCCGAUUGUGGCUGGCUUGAGCUUCAUCACGAUGUUCAUCGCGGUCACACUCGAAAACCAUGCCGGUGCAGUGCUCUGCUUGAUCACCUCGAUCGUUACCGGACUUGUUGGAGGCGUAUCUCUAGCCGCGGAUUUGGCGCUCGCUAUCGUUGCUCGGGACAAGGUUCCGGGCCUCACGGAUGAUAACUUCACCGUCGAGCUCGGCAAUGCCAUUUGGAUGAUGCUCGUCGCUUUCAUUCUUACCUGGGUUGCAGUGAUUUUGAUCAGCCUGCGCGCUUGCACGUGUUGUGGGAUUGGACGAAGGCACUAUCGCAAAUAUUAGCAGCGUUGCCAUGCCGGACUGGCGUGGGCGAUGCUUGGUGGGACGGGCAUAGGCAUGGACGGGUAUCUUCGGAGACAACAUGGGAUACGACGGAACAACGAUUAUUUACGCUGGUAUAUAUUCACUCCUUCUAUGUGAUGCUUAGCGAUCUCGCGCUGCUUUUCGGACCAGUUCCCUCCAUCAAACGCCCACACGUGCCACGAGGUCAUCCAUGCCUCUCGGCCUGCUGCUUGACGCUGGCCAUGGGAUGAAGUCCAGAUUAAUCUCGUUACGUUUUCAAAAUGGC